AUGGCCUCCUCGUCGUCUGCGGCGCCGCCUCGCCGCCUCGCCGUCAUGACGUCCGGCGGCGACAGCGCAGGCAUGAACGCCGCCGUCCGCGCCGUCGUCAAGAUGGCCAUCUUCCGCGGCUGCGAGGCAUUCGUCAUCCGCGAAGGCUGGGAGGGCCUCGUCCGCGGCAACCACUCGCCCGACGGCACCCCGAUCACCACGCCCGCGCUCAGCAGGAACAACUCGGGCUUCUUCGACUCCCUCGACCCCAGGGGCCGGGUCGACCAGCAGUUUGGCGGAGCGGCGCAGCACGGCGAGGCGGUAGCAGCAACAGCGGCGGCAGCGGCGGCAUCGACGACGGUCGAGGGUCAGUUCGUCCCCACCUAUGGCGAGGGAGAGGCGCUGCGCGAGGGCGUCGGCGAGGCGCAGGAGCUCGGGCUGCGCGGGCGCUACAUCAUCCGCGUCGGCUGGGACGACGUCAGGGGCUGGAUGGACCAGGGCGGCACCCUCAUCGGCACUGCCCGCUGCAAAGAGUUUCGCACCGUCGAAGGCCGCGAGAAGGCCGCCUACAACCUCAUCGUCAACGGCAUCGACGCCCUCGCCGUCUGCGGAGGCGACGGCAGCCUGACGGGCGCCGACCGGCUGCGCGCCGAGUGGCCCGACCUGGUCGCCUCGCUGCUGCAAAAGGGCCGCAUCACCGACGAGCAGGCGACGCGCUACGCCCACCUCAACAUUGUCGGCCUCGUCGGCUCCAUCGACAACGACAUGGCCACCACCGACAUCACCAUUGGCGCGUCGACGGCGCUCCAGCGCAUCUGCGAGUCGAUCGACUCGAUCUCGAGCACCGCCGCGUCGCACUCGCGCGCAUUCGUCGUCGAGGUCAUGGGCCGCCACUGUGGCUGGCUCGCCGUCAUGGCGGGCAUCGCCACGGGCGCCGACUACAUCUUUAUCCCCGAGCAGCCGCCGCAGCGGGGCGAUCACUGGUCGUCGGAGAUGUGCGACGUGCUGCGCCGCCACCGCGAGCUGGGCAAGCGCAAGUCGAUUGUCAUCAUCGCCGAGGGCGCCCACGACCGCGACCUCAACGAGAUCAAGCCCGAGAUGGUCAAGGACGUCCUCACCCACGAGCUCGGCCUCGACACGCGCGUCACCACGCUCGGCCACACGCAGCGGGGCGGCAAGCCCGACGCCAACGACCGCAUCCUCGCCACGCUCCAGGGCGUUGAGGCCGUCAACGCGGUGCUCGAGGCCACGCCCGAGACGCCGUCGUACGUCAUCGGCAUGACCGAGAACAAGGUGACGCGCAUCCCGCUGAUGCACGCCGUCGAGCAGACGCAGCGCGUCGCGGCCGAGAUCGAGGCCAAGAACUUUGACGCGGCGCUGGCGCUGCGCGACCCAGAGUUUGAGGAAGGCCUGCGCGCGUUCAAGAUCAUCAGCCAGAUCACCGAGGCCAACCGGCUGCCGGCCGACCAGCGGCUGCGGAUCGGCAUCAUCCACAUUGGCGCGCCGGCGGGCGGCAUGAACGCGGCGACGCGGACCAUGGUACGCUACUGCCUCGACCGCGGCCACGAGCCCGUCGUCAUCUACAACGGCUUCAACGGCCUGCUCGAGGACAACGUGUCGGUCCUCAGCUGGCUGCGCGUCGACAACUGGGCCACGCGCGGCGGCUCCGAGCUCGGCGUCAACCGCAACCUGCCCGACAUUGACCUCGGCGCCGUGGCGGCCAAGUUCCAGCAGCACCGCAUCGAGGCGCUGCUCAUGAUCGGCGGCUUCGAGGCGUUUAUGUCGGUCAAGAUCCUCGACGACAACCGCGAGCGGUACCCGGCGUUCCGGAUGCCCAUCGUCGCGCUGCCGGCCACCAUCUCCAACAACGUGCCGAUGAACGAGUUUUCCCUCGGGUCCGACACGAGCCUCAACGCGCUGGUCGACGCGUGCGACGCCGUCAAGCAGUCGGCCUCGGCCUCGCGGAACCGCGUGUUUGUCGUCGAGACCCAGGGCGGCAGGUGCGGCUACAUUGCCGUGGCGGGCGCGCUGGCGGCGGGCGCGGUGCUCGUCUACACGCCCGAGCAGGGCAUCGGCCUGCAGCAGCUGGGCAAGGACGUCGAGUUCCUCAAGAAGCGCUUUGCGCUCGACGUCAAGGGCAAGAGCGAGGGCAGGCUCGUCAUCCGCAACGAAAAGUCGUCCGAGGUGUUUACGACCGAGGUCAUCACCAAGAUCCUCAAGGAGGAAGGCGCGAGCCUGUUCGACUCCCGCUCCGCCUCGCUGGGCCACACGCUGCAGGGCGGCACGCCGUCGCCGCUGGACCGGAUCCGCGCCACGCGGCUGGCGCUCAAGUGCUGCCAGUUCCUCGAGGCCAAAGCGCUCGAAUCGCGACGUCGGACCAGGCGGCAGCAGCCCGGCGGCAGCAAGGCCGACGCCGAUGGGGCGGCGGCGUACAGCGACGACACGGCCGUCAUGAUUACUAUCCAGGGCGCCAAGAUCUGCUUUGCCACGGUCAAGGAGAUGGCCAAACACGCCGACAUGAAGAACCGCCGCGCGAAAAAGGCGUGGUGGCACGACCUCAAGGCCCUCGUUGAGCUCAUGGGCGGAAGGACCGGACUCGGCAACCUCUGA